CCGCCUCCUGCCGCCGCCCGUGCCCCCUUCAGCAAGGGGCUCCGAGGGGCGUCCGGAGAGGGCCCGGCGGAGGCCUCGCGCCCACAGGGAGCAUGGGCGUGCUCAGGCCCGGGCUGUGCCCUGGCCUCACCCAGGACAUGGUCCAGCUGCUGAGGAGCCGCGGGAUCAGGACAGAUGAGGCAAAGCCAAGUGUGGGAAGCCCGGGCCGCCCUUCCUGCCAGUCAACCGCACGUGUUUUGGUUUCAGUGGUGGACCUGGUUUCUGCGGACCUCGAGGAGGUAGCCCAGAAGUGUGGCUUGUCUUAUAAGGCCCUGGUCGCGCUCAGGCGGGUGCUGCUGGCUCAGUUCUCAGCUUUCCCCUUCAAUGGCGCUGAUCUCUACGAGGAGCUGAAGACCUCCACUGCUAUCUUGUCCACCGGCAUUGAGAGCCUGGACAAACUGCUUGAUGCUGGUCUCUAUACUGGAGAAGUGACUGAACUCGUAGGAGGCCCGGGUAGCGGCAAAACCCAGGUAUGUCUUUGUGUGGCUGCAAAUGUGGCCCAUGGCCUGCAGCAGAACGUCCUAUACGUUGAUUCCAGUGGAGGGCUGACAGGCUCCCGCCUCCUCCAGCUACUUCAGGCCAGAACCCCAGAUGAGGAGGAGCAGGCGGGAGCUCUUCAGAGGAUCCAGGUGGUACGUGCGUUUGACAUCUUCCAGAUGUUGGAUGUGCUGCAGGACCUCCGAGGUGCUGUGGCCCAGCAGGUGAGCAGUUCUUCGGGGAUUGUGAAGGUCGUGGUUGUGGACUCGGUCACCGCCGUGGUCUCCCCACUUCUAGGAGGUCAGCAGAGGGAAGGCCUGGCCUUGAUGAUGCAGCUGGCCCGAGAGCUGAAGACGCUGGCCCGGGACCUUGGCACGGCAGUGGUGGUGACCAACCACAUAACCCGAGACAGGGACAGUGGGAAGCUCAAACCUGCCCUCGGACGCUCCUGGAGCUUUGUGCCCAGCACCCGGAUUCUUCUGGAUAUCGGUGAAGGAGCAGGAACAUCAGGCAGUCAGCGCACGGCACGUCUGAUCAAAUCUCCCCGUCUGCCAACAGGUUUCCAGGAGACAGUAGACAUUGGGACCUGGGGAACUCCAGAGCAGAGUCCAGCAUUACAGGAAGAUCAGAUAUGACUGUGCUGUUGAUUGGGAAAGGGAGAGACGUCAAGGCGCCCGACUCUCCUGUGCAGUAAUACCUCCUGUUCCCUGCCACCCAGCCCUUGGGACUGCAGUAGAAGCACUCGGGCUGGGCAGAAGAGACAUCUCCAUUUCCUCAGCUUCUCUCUCUGUGGAAACACAGAGCUACAGGCGAGAGAAGAUGCUAUGGUGGAUGGACUCAGGAAUUCAUGCUGGUGCCAAGUUUUCUUUCCUUGUUUCUACUAUGUAUGUUUCAGUGGGAGCCAAGUUCCCCUUGGCUUGGGGCAUCUCUAAAGAGGCACACUAGUGACUAGAUGACCCUGUGCAUCACCAUUGUACCUGUGCUCCAUCCUUACACAGGGUCUGAGCCAUGAAGCCUCUAGCUUGCCUUUGCUUCUCUUUGUUUUUUGCCAUUGUUUUUCCAUCUGUAAGAUGGGGCUCCCUUUCACUUAGCUCUGUCUGUAAGUUACUGGGUGGAAAGUAACCUCGUAAAUGUAAAACUCUUCUUCA